CUUACUUGCAUGGAAUACCUGCGACAGUACCUGCGGGUUGCCCCACGCUGGGCCAGGACAUGCGGAAAGGUCUUUCAGAAAUUUGCUGAUGAAGGGAUUAUGCCAAAGGAGAAACUUUCGGAGGCGCUGGCUGAGCUUACCUUUCACCCGCUUGCGGAAUCGUCUUUGGACUUCAUCCUAAAACUGAUUGGUCUCAAGUUCAGUCGACUUCCACCCAUAGACUCUGAGUACUGGAAAGGAAUCAGUGCCGUCACCGAUCGCCUCCUCUUUUCUAGGCUCUUACAACGGGAUGGCAAAACUCUGACCGAAAAAGGAACCCUAGAAAUGGCCGACUUUUCGACUGCAUACAGACAGCUUGAGCACCUGCGUCUUAAUUCCAAACUUACCGCUAUGCUUCGCAUCCUAUAG